AUAAGGCGAAGAGGCUGAAGAAAAACCUCAUCUUUGGUCUUGUUUUGCCUCUUUGGGGAUAACAGAGAAACCAAAGAAUGGCUACACUCUCAGCAAUUUCAUGGUCACCUUCUCUCUCAACUAGACCCACUACUUCUGCUUGCCUCACAUUCCUCACCGGAAGGAGAAGCUCCGUCUCUGUCAACGUUGCCGCCGCGCGUUCUUCGUUGCUUCACUGCUCCUUCAUCCCCUCCUCUUCUGCUUCUCUCUCUUCCCCUUCUUCGUUUUCAGGUUUAUCUUUAGGUUUGGAUUUGAUCUCUAAUGUUGGGAUUGGAAGAAGAAGAGGCUCUGGCUUAGUGGUGAGGGCUGGGAAGGCUGCCCUGUGUCUAACAAAGAGAAACAGGUCCCGGAAAUCUCUGGCUCGAACUCACGGCUUCCGCAGACGCAUGAGAACCACUAGCGGUAGAGCAAUGUUGAAGCGCCGACGUGCCAAGGGGCGGAAGGUCCUCUGCACCAAGACCAAUCCCAACAGUGGAAAACGUGCCUGAUUGUGUCUUUUCCAUAUUCAGUAUAAUUAGGUAAAUGCAGUUCUAUGUAAUGAUGUCUAAUAGCUGAUACUUGUGUGAGGAUUUGAAGAAUUUCAAACUUCUUUCCCAUGUUGCCUUCUGUAUUGUUUCAUUUAGAAAGGCUAUUGUUAGUCAGAAUUUUGCAUAUUACUUGUGUUUUGCUGUCUCUUUGUAUGAAUUCAUUCUUAAGUAUGGCCUUGAAUGUAUUCACACCUAAAUGGAAGGUGCAUUCUUAACA